AUGCCGCGCCGCGCGGUACGCGACGGUGCUAUUGAGCAUCAUCAACAAAACGACGUCAACAAGCUCAAUUAGCGCAUAGCGCAUGCACAUGCAGCUAGCUGAUAACUGCUGAAGUUACUAAAAAAAAGGCUGGAUGGACCAUUGAUCGUGUCAAAAUCAACAAGAUAUAUUUGGAAAAGUGUUCGUUGCACUAGUACAGUACUACGUGGAAUUAAGUUGUCUUACACAAGCAAGCAAGUUUCUAGACAGCUUCAAGAUGCCUCCGGGUGAGAAGGGAUCUGGAAAGAAUGACAUGGAACGGAUUGGCCUGUUCCAGGAGAUGGAAUAUGUGACCAUUGGUGAUAAAUACAAAAUGCCUGGAACAAAAGCCUUCAAUGUCACGGCUUAUAAUGGUAAACAGAUGUUGCCUGGUGGUAGUAAGGUCAGGACAGCAGGACAAGGGGGCUACUUUAGUGAGAAGUUCACACGCAUCAUGGAGGCUGAGGCCUACAGUGACCCUGUUAAGAUGCGACGUCAGUACAAGCUGAAAGAGGCCAAAAAGAACAUUGGAAAGGCAUUUCUGCCAAGCAGUGGGACCAAAAUGCAAAGCGGUCUUGGCAAUCAUUACGGCACGCUAGGUGGUCCUGUACCAGCAUUCAGUCCAGUUAAAAAAACAGGAAAACCUUACACAUCAGAUGGACGGAACUUCACUACAAAUCCGGGGAAAAUAGGAACAGGAUAUGGGUACCCCUCAUUAACAAUAGGCAAGGGAUAUAACUACUCAUCAAACCCAUAUGAUAAAGGCAAAGAGUUGAGAAGGAAACAGCUGGAGGCCCAUAAGAGUGCUACUAAAGGAGGCGCCUUCAAGCUAGGAAUGCACCCCAAGGCCGUAUUUGAUUCCGAUCCUUAUGCCACUGAUAAACCAUUGCCACCAAUCAAGAAACUUGGAACCCCAAAGAGAGAUGUCAAACCAUUCAAGCCUAGUCAUCCUGCAAAAGAGAUCGGUGGUUCCAAGGCAGGCACCUUUGACCCUUAUCCUUCUCACUCCAAUGAUCCUUAUAAGCCAAAGAAGAAGAAGGGACCUCCACCAAUGAACAACAGUGGCAAGAUAUUCAUGCCUUCACCAGGCCCCAAGUCUGCAACAACCACCUCAAUUAUCAACCAGAAUGUUGUCAGAACCAUCAAUAGCACCAACUUCAGACAAGUCAUUGCAUCGGUGUAACAAAAGACUGAGCAUGUUCAAUUCUCAAGGACUGGUAUACAUUUCCAGAUGGCCACUAUUGUUUAAUUGAUUAACCCUCUGAGACCAGGUGGUGUUAAGAGCUGUAUAAGCACCACAUUAAUACUAGUAUUAAUUAUUAUAAACCAAGCCACUGCUCCCUUGGUGGAAAAAGUGACGGAUAUGUUGACAUGCCCUGUCCUUUUGUCUGUUGUGAUAUGUGCUUCCAUCUUUUUCUUCACCUACAUCUCUAGAAGUUGCCAUUGCACAAGUAAUCCGUUGGCAACCAUCAAAGAGUUGACAUUUGCGAGAAUAAUUUAAAAUAUUUGUUUUUGUACAGGUACAUUUUGUGUAUUUUAUAAGUACUGUAUUCUUCAUUUUAUAUGUAAAUAUAUAUAUAUACAAUCCAAUUUACAAUACUUUUUGAUGAACAAUAACACAUUCAAGUUGCCUUUCUGAAAUUCAAAGUGUUUGAAGUGAAUUAAGUAUAGCUAAUUGAAGUAAUUAAAGACUUUUCUAUCUUACAGCAACUGCCAGAGAAAAUGUUGCUGCAAUUUGAAAAAUUGCAUCCAUAUUGAGUCAGACAUGCUCAUGAAAGAGAAUCAUCAUGGUACAUAAUAGGUAUUUAUAUUUGUUAACAAUCUGCAUUUGUAAUACAAUUUUGUAUAAUUACAUGUAUAUUCUUGAUGUGCAUGAAUGAUGAUUACUUCCCCAACCUUGCAUUGCAAGUGUAUUUUGCCAUUGAACAAAAUGUAAAUCAGCACGUGAUAAGAGCGUGGCAGAAUAGGUCAUCAAAGUUGUCCCAGUACAUACAUGUAUACAUGUACAUUUGAUUUUAACAACAUCCAUCAGCAAAGAUUUGCCAAUAAAAUGAUGGAUAGGUAAACAUUUUAACAAGCAUGAAGCUUAACAUUUUUUUAACAUAGACAAGAAACAUCAUUUUGUAAUUUCAUUCUUUUAGUUUUUAUGCAUUGUGUUUAAUUACACAAUGCAUAAAAAAACUAAAAGAAUGAAAUUACAAAAUCAUAUAUGAAUAUAUGAUAAGCUUGAAGUAUUUAAAUUGAAACAAACUGAAGAAAAUUUUAGACUGGGCUUGACUCACCUGAUGAGCAAGCAGCAGAAGAGCUCCUUAUUGGUUGCAGGAUCCAACUUUUUACAGUGAUGUCAAAAAAUACCCAAAACAUGAUUUAUGGCAGCAAUGUAGUCAAUGUGCGGAUGAAACAUUUAAAGUAAGAGUGAGACCCUUAUAUUUAGAAGGAUUUAAUAUUACUUUCAAUGUGGAGGACCAUCUAGAGAGUUUUAUAUCUUUCUGAAGAAGUUUGAGCAGCAUCUGGCACCUGGACCAUACAAAACAGCUUCAGACAUCAUGCCCAUAGACAUAAUGCAUUUACAAAAUUAUUUAUGUGGGCAAGAGUACAGCUCAAUGUCUUUAUUUUGAAUGAGUUUUCUUUUAACUUCUUGAAGAUGUUAAGUGUAACAAGGGGUAAUGUGAAUUUCAACCCACAUUACAGAGAAUGGCCCAUGGUUGAAUCAUUUAAGCGUUUAAGAAAGUUAUUUGUAUGAAAAUUUCCUUACAAAAAUUCCUGAAUUUAUUGAUAGAUAAUAAAGCUAAAAUCAAUAUACGGAAACCAAUGAAA